AUGGGAACUUGUACAUCAAAAAGGCGUGUUAUAACGCAUGAUAUAAGAACAAAUUUAACAAAAAACGUGUUGAAAACAACCCCAGAAAAUAACUGCAAAUCAACUGCAUAUCAACAUCAACUGUCAUUUGAACAAACAUUAACAACAUCUUGGGUAUCUUCUCCUCCAUCGCCACUCUUAAAUCAGCCACUACGAAAUCUUCCAAUAAGAGCAGCACCGUCCGUGAAAGAUAUUGUAUAUCAUGAUAAAAUCGAUUAUUUAAAUACAAACCCAUAUCUACAAUAUUUUCAUACAUCUUAUCAACGAAUUAGUUUAGAUCAAAAAGAAAGCGAACAUUAUUGGUAUAAUGAAUAUCGACCAUUAAAUCUUAAUAAUAAUAAUAAUAAUAUUAACUACAACAACAACAACGACAACAAUCGAGUAUUAUUCCGACAACGAGAAAUGUCUUCCAUUCCAAUACCUAAAACGGGGACGACAAAUCGUACGAGAUUACCUGUUUAUCAACCUACGUCAACAUCGUUAGCUCAACAACCAAAUUUAGUGACUCACAGAUCAUCGCAAAUACCUAUCGUACCAACAUCAACGACGCCCGUUUCCGCACAAACGACUCCUUCUUCGUCUAUUCUCCAAUCAAAUGCUUCCAAGAUUUAUCCGACCACUAAUAAUAAUAACAUCACCAGCACUAAUCUAAACAGAAACGGUACUCCUACUUCCUCAGCUACAAGCGCAAGUAUUAUCGCGAAUACACACACAGGUAAAGAGUUUUAUUUUAUUAUCAAAUGUCUGCAAACAUAA